CCCGCCGGAAGGGGCGGCGCGCGCGCGCGGCCGGAAGCGGCGGCGGCGGCGGCUGCGCGUGGGGGCGGCAUGGCGCGGCGCGGCUCCCUCUCGGACUCGGUGUCGGAGUCGGGCUCGUCGGCGGAGGACUCGGCCCUCUCGGACUCGGAGCUCCAGGAGGCGUUUUCCAGGGGCGCGCUGAAGCCGGGGCUCAACGUGGUGCUGGAGGGGCGGCCGCGGCCGCCCAACGACGUGGAUGGUUUGAAGCAGUGUCUCUCUGAAUUCAAGCGGCAGCUAGCUUGGGUGGAAAGGCUGGAUGUGACUUUGGGUCCGGUAACAGACGUCCCGGAUCUAGCCUCAAACAGCACUUCUGACAAAGAUGCCGUUGACCCUGAGAAUGACUUCCAGAGAGAGAUGAGCUUUUACCGACAGGCUCAGGCCGCAGUCCUGGAAGCCCUACCAAGGUUGCAUAAGCUCCAGGUUCCUACCAGAAGACCAGAUGAUUACUUUGCAGAGAUGGCCAAAUCUGACCAACAGAUGCAGAAGAUUCGACAGAAGCUUAAGAGUAAACAAGAAGCAAUGGAGAAGUCUGAGAAAGCAAAACAGCUCCGUGCACUGAGAAAAUACGGCAAGAAGGUACAAACAGAGAUUCUGCAGAAGAGACAAAAGGAGAAAAAAUCAAUGUUGAAUGCUGUCAAGAAAUAUCAGAAAGGUCUCUCUGACAAGCUGGAUUUCCUAGAUGAAGAGCAGACUUCAUCUCAGGGGAACAAGAAAGGCAGUGGAAGUCAACGGAUAAAAAGAGGACCAAAUGCCAAACGACGAUACAAGAAUCAGAAGUUCGGUUUUGGUGGGAAGAAGAAGGGCUCAAAGUGGAACACAAAGGAGAGUUUUAACGAUGUAUCCAGCUUUCGGGCAAAAGUGGCUCACAACAAAGGCCCAGGAAAAGCAGGGAAAAAAGCCCUCAAUAAGAGACCUGGAAAGAGAGCAAGGCAGAAAAUGAAGAGCCGAGCACGCUAAGUGGACUGUGCUCUCCAGUGGGGUUCCAAUGUCUCUGUGUUGUAAAAUGUGUUUCUGCUGUCUUCAAGUAUCUAACCGCAGAGCAAGCUAGAUGCUUCCAUGUGGCAUGAAGAAAGUCAGUGAAAACUAGUGCCUUAUCAAUAAUUUCUUUUUUUUAUUGUGUUUCCUGAAGGAUUGUUUUCAACUUACACUUUUGGUGCGUGUGAAUUCAUUAAAUCGUUUGCACAGAACUCCUUCUAUGCCUAAUCCAUGCUUAUCUUAUGAACAGUGGCUGAAAUCUGUUCCCUUCAGUUCAACAGCUUUUUCCACAGCUACUGUUGACUUGUACUUGCUGCACUUGAGUUCUGGGUCACGUUGCUGAUGUUGAAAUAAGAAUUCUGAGACUCGUCAAGGAGCUAAAGCUUUUUUUAGUUUCUUUGUGUAGAUGGUUUUGGAAACAAGAGCGAGACAAAAGCAGCAGUCUUACAAACAGGUUUAUUUCUGUAACUGUUGUCAGGCUGCAAAUUUGGCCGGGCUGGGAUUCUCUGCUCACUUUUCUCAUUACCUUCCCUUGAGAGAAAUCGACCAGAAUCACUUAAUAACAAGCAGGGAGUAACCCAUUAGAUGGAUGUCACUAACUGUUUCCAUCUAAGUUGUGUGCCUUUGCCACACUAUUGCAGGUUCUCAGACUGCUCCUUCAGGCGCCAAAAGGCAGCCAUGUAUCUAGUGAUCUCAGUGCUCCGGCGUGGGAAGUGCAGUCUGCAGUCAGUGCGGUCCACAGGAAUCUGGGCAAAAAAAAUUAUCGUAGCAGGAGUAGUCAUGUGCUUUUACUAUCAGUAGUAGUAGUAUUCCCUCUUGAGAAGAAUAAUGCAUGGUGUUCACCGCUGCUAAGAAAUGCCCAAAUGACUGAAGAGCAAGGUACUACUUAUUUUAGAAUACACUGUUUCAUUACAGUAGGAUUUGGUGAAAAAGGAAACAACAUUUCUGAAAAAUUCACUUUAAAAGCAAUUGUCUGGAACAGUAUCAUGAAUCCUGACUUCUAAAGUAUAACUCAGCUUCCUGCACGCAGGAACUUUUAGUUGCUUCUUUCCUGCCUGGCAAAUCCAACAACUAGUGUCUAAAGGCUUAAAGCCGUGCUGGGCUGCCUGGCUCUAGGCUUGUCAACAGUAACUAGUUUACCUGAAGACUAAUACAAAAAGUUGUGGAAGACUAAUCUUAUUUUACAGUUUUCUUUAUAACAGGCCAGAAUUAAUCAGGUCCUCUUUUGCCUUCCUGGAAACACUAAACUGUCUAUAAUAUCAGUCAUGGUCAUAGCUAUUCAUUUGUCAGAUAUGGUCAAUGUUUCAGCUUGUUGAUAAGAUCCCUUUUCCUCCUGAUUAUUCCCCCUCCUGCAAAUGAAUCCUUGUUGGUAAAUUUUGCCUGGGGUGUACUUAGCUGACUAUUAAAUUUCUGGUUCUGCUUUCAAUUUGAAAGAUACAGUACAGUUUGUACGCUUCUCGCAGUACUUAUGUAUGACACUUCAUAUUGCUCGCUGUUUCUCUUGGCUGAAUAAUUUCAUAAACAAGUGUGAACAUGUCGCAUUUGGAUAUAUGCCUGGGUUGACUGUCACUGUAGGUGUUUUGCAUGCAAGUUGUGGAGUGGGGGAGUCUGCUGUUUUUGUGUUCAAAGCCUAUGCAAGUGUGAGAGUCCUCAUAGUCUAAAAGCUCGCUGUCCACGAACAGUUCUGCUCUUUCCUAGUCAUUCCUGUUUUCUGACUUUGUCAUAAAUUGUUUUCUGGCAGAAAUGUCCUUUAAUAUGAUGGGCUGAACCACUCUGAAUCGUGCAGAGAGUUGGUUCCUUAAGCACCCUACUUACCAAAGGUGUUGUGUUCCAGCCAAUUUCCUGGCUUUCAGUUUGUGGCUCUGAGUAUUUCUUUGUUGGCUCCAGUGCUGCAUGGUGGAUAAGAUUCAGGAACUUGGCUGUUGGUUUAAGAGAAACAGACAUAAAUGAAAGAAAGUAUGUUUAAAGACUAAUAUCCACAUGAUUGGUCUUUCCUUUAUAUGUAAGAAAGGGAGAUCCUAACCCUGCCCAAGUGAUAGCAAGGAGGCCAAGGUUGGAGGCAACUCCUGUGCUUCUGUGAAUGAUCUUCUACGAGAAGGCAGGGUGACAUUUCUACUCAAAUUUAUCCUGACAAAGUUUCAAAAUUUGUCUUUCUAUGCUGUCUUGUUAAUUCUGUCCUCCUUGUCUACUACAUAGUAAUGUCUUACUCUUCUCAUGCCAUAUCUGAUGCAACCAGACCUCCCACACUAACCGUCAUCUUUCUCAGUUGCCUGAAAACUGCUCCCCCUCUCUUUUUCCCCUAGUCCUUGACUACAGCAGACCAAUUUUAACCAACCAUCACAUUUUUAGACAAAGUUAGCCUAUAAGAAAUAAGGGAGCAGUUGCUGUAAGAAUUCCUGUUAUUGGUGCUCUAAAGCAAGACUUAACUAUUUCAGCAGUGUUUGUCAUGUGCAGUUGCUAGGUAGAAUCUGCAAUAACAGGCACCAUGUAUGUAUAAAAUGUUUCUAGAUUUUUUCCCCUGAAUGAAGUUUAUGUUCUCAAGCAAAAUUAUAAGGUUAAUAAUAAUUUAAAAAAUCACAUGAAUUCAGGCUUGUACUGAUAAUUAAAAGUAAUGGGCAGGACCUUAAAAUGGAAAAAAUGCCUUAUUUAAUAAAAAUCAUGAACAUGUUUAACUUUC